UAAACAGGAUUAGGCAAGCAAUAGCACGAGCCGAUUUUGAUUACAAUAAAUUUGAUAUACACGCUUUGAAUUUAUACGUGCGAACUGUAGAUGCGGCAUACACUGAAUAUAGCGAUUUCCAAAACCGAAUUUAUUUGACGGAUCCUUCUAGAAGAAAAGAACAUGAGAAACAAUUUAUUGAUUUCGAAGAAACUUAUGAGUUCGUCCGUAUAGCACUGUGCAAGAUGAUCGCGAAGCAUGAUGAAGAAAAACAGGCGAGCUUAACAGCAGAUAAACAGCACCAAUUGUCGAUGAUUAAGAAUAUUUCGAAUGAUGGUGCAGGUGGCAGCAGUGUUGUUUCGCCACGUAUUCCGUCUCUUUUGUUGCAGAACACACCUUUGCCGACAUUCGACGGAAACUAUGAAAAUUGGUUCAGAUUCAAGUCAAUGUUUUGCGAUAUCGUCAACAAAUGUGUCACGGAUUCUCCCGCUACAAAACUGCACUAUUUAGACAAAUCUUUGGUGGGAAAGGCUCAAGGUGCUAUCGACCAACAGACUAUAAAUGAUAAUAAUUAUGAGGGUGCUUGGAAGAUCCUAACUGAUAGGUUUGAGAAUCUACCAAUGGUGCUACAUGGUCAUGUGAUGAAACUUUUGAAUUUAAAACCAAUGACCAAGGAAUCGGCACAGGAGUUAAAAACAUUAAUUGAUAACUGUGAGAAACGGGUUGGUUCUCUGGAAUUUCAUGAGCUAAAAAUGGACGGUAUGUCGGAAGUAAUAAUCAUAACAUUGUUGACCACCAAACUGGACUCUGAAACAAGAAAGUGUUGGGAGUCGACUAUAGAGCACGGAGAAUCACCAAACUAUAAAGAUACGAUUGCCUUUCUACGCAAACGUAGCUAUGUACUAGAACGGUGUGAGCAAAUGUCAGGGAUAUCGAAAACUAAAGCAGCAAAUGAAAAACCGAAAAGCAAUGUGAUAGCUAGUAAAACGCAUUCAGUGCUUGUUCAGAAGUUCAACAGUUGUCCGAUUUGUGAAUUGAGUCAUGUCGUAGACAAUUGUGACGUAUUCAAAAAAAUGGGUAUCAACGGUCGUUACGAAAAAGCCAAACAAGUCGGCUUAUGUUUUUCUUGCCUAAAGAAGGGUCACAGAACCGCGAACUGCAAGUCCAAUCAAGCUUGUACAUCAUGUUCAAAAAAGCAUCAUAGUUUGAUGCACCCGGAGGAACACAAACCAGCGGUGUCCAACGAAUUGAAAAAAUCAGAAAAUGAAUUAGGAGCAGAUUCUAGUGCAAAACCAUUGAUAACGGCAAAGUGCGUAAUUCCAAGUUCAAUGAAGCAGGUUUUGUUAGCGACAGCGGUGGUUGAAUUAAUUGAUAUGUGUGGUAUGGCUCAUCAGUGUCGAGCACUUCUUGAUUCUGGUGCCAUGGCGAAUUUCUUGUCUGAGAGAAUGGCUGAUUUGUUAAGUCUUCCAAAAAAAAUGGUAAACAUUCCAGUGGUAGGCGUGAAUGGAAUGAAGUCCAAGGUCAAAUUCAAAGUACAGGCAAAACUAAAAUCCAUGGCAAUGGACUAUGAGUGUAAUUUGGAGUAUUUAAUAGUUCCACGGGUGACUGGUACAUUACCAACGAAGAAAAUAGAUAUUUCAAGAUGGCCAAUUCCUAGCGAUAUUGUACUAGCUGACAGAAAGUUCAACGAUCCAAGCCGUGUUGAUAUGUUGAUUGGCGCAGAAAUGUUUUACGAGUUGCUUCAAUCAGGCAAAACCAGAAUGUCUAAUGAUCUUCCGUUGCUUCAAGACAGUGUUUUGGGUUGGUUAGUUGCCGGUCCAGUCCUCGAAGAGGAGGGAUCCACAAAUUCCGUGCGAAUAUGUCAAAUUAUUCCCGAUGCUGAAGAUGAAUCAAAUUUAUACGAACUGUUGAAGCAGUUCUGGAAAAUUGAUGAGCAAGUGUCGAAUGAACAAGUAGAUCCGGACAAUGACUGCGAAGUUCACUUUAAGAGAACACACACACGUACUGCCGAUGGAAGAUACGUUGUUAUGCUACCCUUUCGAGACAAUAUUUGCGAUCUGGGCGAAUCUCGGAUGCAAGCAAAAAGACGUUUUGAAUUUCUGGAAAAAAGAUUGGUUCAGAAUCCGAUGAUGAAAAAUAUGUAUGAUAAUUUUAUUGAUGAAUACCUGGCAUUGGGUCACUGUGUGGAGAUAGACCAAAAUGAUAGAACACGUUCAAAGUCUGCCUAUUUCCUUCCUCACCAUUGUGUUUUAAAGCCGAACAGCUCUUCAACAAAACUCAGAGUUGUGUUCGACGCUUCUGCAAAAAGUGAGACCGGAAUUUCAUUAAACGAUGUCAUGAAGGUUGGUCCCACAGUUCAAAGCAGUCUCUUUGAUAUCAUGCUACGGUUCAGAACAUUUAAAUUCGCUUUUUCGGCGGACGUGCCAAAAAUGUAUCGUCAAGUUUUAGUGCAUGAACAACACAGAAAGUAUCAGCGAAUUCUUUUCAGAAAAGCUGCUUUAGAUCCGUUGAAGGAGAUUGAGCUAAAUACGGUUACUUAUGGAACGGCCGCAGCACCGUUCUUGGCGACACGAGCAUUAAAUCAGCUGGCAGAUGAUGAAAGGCUCAAUUUUCCAAAAGCUAGUGCAUUAGCAAAGAAGUCGUUUUACAUUGAUGAUGUCUUGACUGGAGCCAACUCAUUGGAUGAAGCAAUAGAAUUACAGAAAGAUUUGAUCGCAUUGCUUGGCAGAGGUGGUUUUGGACUUCACAAGUGGUGUGCGAAUGAUCCAAGGCUGUUAGAGGAUAUUCCACUGGAAGCGCAAGAGAAACUGAUGAGAUUUGAAGAUUCCGACAUCAACGGUGUGAUAAAGACACUUGGUUUGUAUUGGAAUCCAACUGACGACCAAUUUAUGUUUCGUGUAUUACCAAUGUCUGAGAAUUUGAAGAAUCCUACGAAGCGUCAAGUCUUAUCAGAAAUGGCAAAAAUUUUCGAUCCACUCGGGUUACUUGCUCCGACGGUGCUUCUUCCUAAAUUACUAAUGCAGCAACUAUGGAAAGAUGAAAAAGAUUGGGAUGAACUAAUACCUAAGAAAUAUCUGCAUUCGUGGAAUCGAUUCCGUACCGAGCUUAUUGAUAUUGGAACAGCAAAAAUCGACCGAUGUGUUACCACUGAAUCUACUGAUAAAAUGGAGUUGCACGGGUUUGCUGACGCAUCGGCUGUAGCCUAUGGUUGCUGCAUCUAUAUACGAAACCUAAAAAAAUGUGGAAAGGCUGAUUUGAAAUUGAUUUGUGCAAAAUCUAGAGUUGCACCGAUGAAGGAGUUGCAACGAAAUGUCAAACCAGAUGCCACGCCUGCUGAGAUGACUAUACCUCGUCUGGAACUAUGUGCUGCUUUAUUAUUGGCAUGCCACAUGAAAGCAGUCAGUGAAGCUUUAGAUGUCGAACCAGAACAAGUGUUUUUGUGGUCCGAUUCGAAGACGUUAUUUGUUGGUUACAACGGCUGAAACCUGAAACUUCAGUUUUUGUUCGGAAUCAUGUCGUAAAAAUACAUAAACAUCAACCUAAUGCUAAUUGGAGACAUGUGCCCUCGAAAUCGAAUCCUGCGGACCUCGUAUCCAGAGGCUUAUAUCCCAAGGAGUUGAUGAGUCAUGAUUUAUGGUGGCAUGGGCCAUCAUUCCUACAAACGUACGAAGGGUACAAAAACGAAUACAAUAUCGAAGUAGAAGUUAAUGAAGAACUUUGCGAUGUUGUGAUGCCGGUAGUGAUACAGGAAAACCACCCGUACAAGUUGAUAAUGGGUUGUAGUAGUUAUCGUCAAUUACAACGUGUAUUUGGUUACGUUGCGCGAUUUAUAUUUAACUGCAAGACAAGAAGCUGCUUCCUCAAGCGUUCUGCCGGAAACCUAACAAAGAUGGAUCUAGAAGAUGGAUUGAAAUUAAUGGUAAAAUGUGUGCAACAUGCUGUUUAUUCUGACGAAAUUGAAUGUAUUCUGAAAAAUAAGUCCGUUAAGGGAAAACUACGAAAUUUGAAUCCAGUCUUGAACGAGUAUAUCCUGCGAGUAGGAGGCCGCAUUCGGCAUUCUGAUCUUUCUGCUGAUCAGAAACAUCCCAUUAUAUUGCCAGAAAAGAAUCAUUUCACAGAAAUUCUGAUCGAGACACUUCACCGCGAACAUCUUCAUCUAGGUUUGAAUGGAUUAUUAUCAGUGGUGCGGGCGAAGUUUUGGCCAGUCAACGCAAAACGAACUAUUCAUCGAGUAUUGCGAAGGUGCGUUAAGUGCUUUAGGAUGAAACCAAAAAUGACAGAACAAUACAUGGGAGAUUUACCUAGAGUAAGAGUAACAGCUGCUCCACCAUUCUCGCGAAGUGGGGUGGAUUACGCAGGACCGUUGUAUAUUAAGCAAGGUCGUGCUAAGGUACCCUUGAAGGCAUAUGUUAGCCUUUUCAUUUGUAUGAGUACAAAGGCUAUUCACCUAGAAUUGGUAACAUCUUUAACGACAGAAGGGUUUAUGGGUGCUCUACAUCGAUUUGUCGGUCGACGUGGCAAUGUAUCAGAUCUGUACUCGGACAAUGGUACCAAUUUUACGGGAGCAUCUAAAGAACUGAUCGAGCUGAGAAGACUGUUGAAUUCGCAAUCACUGGAAGAAAAACUGACUGAAUUUUGCCAGAGACGGGAAACGAAUUGGCAUUUUAUCGCUCCAAGGGCCCCGCACCAGGGAGGCCUCUGGGAAUCAAAUGUUAAAAGCAUGAAAAAUCACCUGUACAAAUCCCUUUCUGAAAGUUAUUUGACGUACGAAGAAAUGAAUACGUUAUUGGUACAAAUAGAAGCGAUACUUAAUUCGAGACCCUUAAUGCCUAUGAACGAUGACCCGUUCGAUUAUGAGGCUCUUAGCCCUGGCCAUUUUCUGAUAGGCAGAGAAUUAACAUCAGUUGCAGAGCCCAACUACGAACAUCUGAAUGAUGGAUCUUUAUCAAGAUACCAAUUGAUACAGAAACGAAAACAAUCAUUUUGGAAUCGUUGGUCUAACGAGUAUAUUGUUACUCUCCAGAAACGAGGUAAAUGGUACAAGGAACCGGUUUUACUGCGAAAAGGAUUGCUUGUAAUCCUGCAAGAAGAUCAUGUGCCACCGCAACAUUGGAAGUUGGGUCGGAUCAUCGAAACACAUCCAGGAAAGGACGGUGUAACACGGAUGGUAACUGUUCGUACAAGUACUGCCACUUACCUUAGAGCAACAACGAAAAUCGCAGUACUUCCAAUCGACGAUAAUAGUGUUGAGGCAUCUACCUCACCUGGGGGAGAAUGUUCAUCGAAAAUUUCCUAACUGCUUUGUGUCAGUGCAGCUCAUUUUAAGGGCACAGCUCUAUUUUGUUAUCUUGAUAAUGUAUUUUCUUGUCAUACCGGAAGUUAAACAAUUUGUCUUGUAAUUUUUUUUUUCAGAUUAAAAUAAAACGUAAUACAGUCCACACACGCGUUUUGUAAAACAAAAUAAUCCGAAUUAACAGUGACUAUUAAGUAAAAUUUUGGUAAAAAAUUGAUUCAUGAUCCUCAGAACGGAGGCCGGGCUACAGCGGGUCGGUUGUUCUAGGACAGGGUCGGGCACCAGCCGUCGUUCAACCUAUCAUGCGGGCCAUCUGUUGGGAUUUCCUCCCAGGGAUGUUUUGCGCGGUCCAACACUCACAGCAUCACCCAUUCCAGCUGGACGGACAACCAAAAGCAUCGUGCAAUGUUUUCCCGGACCUCCCAACACAGGAAUCGACUUUGUGUCAACAGCCGGUGGAUUCAUGGAGGAUUUUUCCGCGGCCUUAGUUCACGAAAGGCUGCGCCCAAACUAAAACUUUUGCACGGUUUUGUCUCGGAAAAGAGCUGGUAGUGAGAUCAGCGAUUCAGAUCAAAGAUGUCUAUCUCCUCUGUGUGACGAAGAACAAGCGAAAUUUCUCCCCUUGCACUGACAACUUCAACGAGAGCUCAGCGAUUCAGAUCAAAGAUGUCUAUCUCCUCUGUGUGACGAAGAGCAAGCGAAAUUUCUCCCUUCGCACUGACAACUUCAACGAGAGCUCUUCUCUUUUACAUAUAUACACCACUGUUGUAUAAAGUGUGCACGCAUCAUGAAUGCGCAUGUUUAUUCCAAACAUUCCAAAUAAAACCUUUCUCCGAAGCUAGACGACAAUCGAUAAGUUGAAUGAAGAGAUAAUUUAGUAAAAUAAAGUAAUCAGAAGUGAAACAUUGAAAUAAUAAAUAAUCUGAUAACUGAAAGGAAAAAGAAACUCCUGCGAUUGUCGUCUUUUACGACAUGGAAGCAGGAACCCAGUGGAUCUAUUCUUGGUUCAUUUUUUUCCGCCGGAUUCCACACGGCAUCUAGACUGGUACUGUCCGGAGAGAGCUAAUAGGUACUAUCAAUCUCCUAGUGGACUUUAGCCCUUCUUUUCCUAAUUUUAUUUUAUUCAAUAACAUAAAUUAAAUCAAUUGAAUUUAUUAUUUUAAUUUGCACAUGAGCAACAAGGGAUAUGUCUUGUAUUUAAUACAAGUAAUACAAAGAGCGAAUCGAUUCAUUUGAAGGUUGCGUCGAUUUUUGUCGGGAUUGGCCUAUAAUAUUAUGUGACAUUAAAUCUAAUAGUUCUAUAUUUGUGAGUCUAUG